AUGCGGGCCCUCACCUCUUCAUUAUCCGCCCUCGCCGUGGGGCAUUGUGGGUUGAUUGCAGCCACUGAGAUUUUUGGUCUCAUCCGCGACUUGCGGGCUUUCCGCCUCACUGGUGGCACCAAGGACUACCUCAUUGUCUCAACCGAUUCCGGACGCAUUACCAUUUUGCAGUACGAUGUAACUGCCAACAAGUUGGAGCGCGUGCAUAUGGAAACCUUUGGCAAAUCAGGUUGCCGACGCAUUGUGCCAGGCCAAUAUCUGGCCACAGACCCCAAGGGCCGUGCCGUUAUGGUUGGCGCCGUGGAAAAGCAAAAGCUUGUCUAUAUUCUCAAUCGCGAUGCAGCAGCACGCCUCACAAUUUCCUCGCCCCUCGAGGCCCACAAGGGACAUUCUCUGGUCUACGAUAUGGUUGGCGUCGACGUCGGCUUUGAGAAUCCUCUUUUUGCCUGUCUCGAGCUGGACUACGAGGACGUUGAUGAGGACCCAUCUGGCGAGGCCCUGGAGCUCUUGGCCCAGACCCUGGUGUUUUACGAGCUUGAUCUUGGUCUCAAUCACGUCGUUAGGAAGGAAAGCAUUGAGCUCGACUCAUUUGCCAACAAGCUGAUCCCGGUUCCAGGUGGAGCGGACGGUCCUUCAGGCGUGCUUGUGUGUGGAGAUGGACAGAUCACUUGGCGCACCGUUGGCGAGCACACACCCAUUUCCGUGUCGAUUCCGCGCCGCCUGGACCCGUUUCGCCAACCCCGCUCUACCAUCAUCAACGCUUUUUGCAUGCACAAAACCAAGAAGACUUUUUUCUUCCUGCUACAAACAGAGGAAGGCGAUCUGUUCAAGCUCACCAUGGUGCACGAUGAGGAUGAGGUCCAGGGCAUGAUUCUCAAGUAUUUCGAUACAGUUCCCGUGGCCAAGUCCAUGGUCCUGCUCAAAAUUGGCCUUCUCUUCAUUGCUUCGGAGCACGGCGACCACCAAUUGUACCAGAUUGCCCAGCUGGGUGAUAACAAGGACGAGCCCUCGUUUUUAAGUACCGAACCGGAGGACAAAGUUUUGUACUUUCGCCCCCGUCCACUUUUGAACCUGGCACCCUUGGAUGUGAUCGAGUCUCUCGCGCCCGUCAUGGACUGCCAGCUGGCCGAUGCUGGCCAGCAGGACGGGCCUCAACUCUAUGCACUCUGUGGCCGUGGCAGUGGUUCGUCGCUUCGGGUGCUCCGCCACGGGCUUGAAGUCUCUGCCAUGGCCGAGUCACCGCUACCUGGCAAUCCAUCGGCUGUCUGGAGCGUGAAGCGCCACGUUGAGGAUGAAGCUGACACAUACAUUGUCAUGUCUUUUGUGGACGCCACCCUCGUGCUGGGUAUUGGUGAAACAGUCGAGGAAGUCACGGACAGCGGGUUCCUUGGUUCUGUGGCCACGCUCAGCGCUUCGCGCAUCGGCGACGAUGCCCUCCUGCAGAUCCACGCCAUGGGUAUUCGCCACAUCCUGCACGAUGGUCGCAUCAACGAAUGGAAGGCCCCUGAUCGCACCAAAAUUUCCCACUGUGCCGUGAACGAACGCCAAGCGGUUGUUGCCCUGAGCAACGGCGAGCUUGUCUAUUUUGAGUUGGAUCGUAGCGGCCAGCUCAUUGAGCAUUCAGAGCGCGUGGAAAUGUCCAGUCAGGUGACAGCACUGGCCCUUGCACCCAUCCCUGAAGGCGCACAAACCGCCCGCUUCUUGGCACUUGGUCUUGAUGAUCAGACCGUCCGUCUCAUGUCCCUGGACAAGAGCGACUGCCUGGCUCCGUUGAGCAUGCAAGCCCUUCCCGGUGCGGCUGCUAGUCUGUGCAUGGUCGAGGUGCGUGGUACUCACGGCGAGCCCUCAGGCCUCAGCCUGGCCAUCGGCCUGGGAAACGGUGUCUUGAUGCGCUCGCGCGUCGAUACCCUGACGGCCGAUCUAUCGGAUACCCGCACACGCUAUCUUGGCGCGCGUGCUGUCAAGCUUUUCCCCGUCAAAGUGGCGGAGGAACCUGCAGUCUUGGCCCUUUCCACCAAGCCAUGGCUGAGUUACCGCUAUCAAGGGCACUCACGUAUCACCCCCUUGUCCUACGACGCGCUGGAGUAUGCAUCCGCCUUUAGUUCAGACCAGUGUCCCGAAGGCGUUGCAGCAGUGGCUGGCAACACUUUGCGCAUUUUUGCUUUUGAAAAGCUGGGCCAGGUUUUCCAUCAAAAUUCCAUCCCCCUCGAGUACACCGGCCGGCGCCUCCUUCUCGAUCCCGAAGCCUCGCUGGCCUUUAUCGCUGAAGGCGACCAGGGCUGCCUGUCCGUCACUGCCAAGGCCGAGCGGCUGAGCCGCAUUGCUUCGCAUCAAGCAGGCACGGCAAUGGCGGAACAAACCGACCCUCAAGAGGAUCUUACGAGUCCAGCUGCUUUGGCCGAACCUUUGGAUGUAAAGCAGUUUGGUCAGUCAUAUGCUGGCGACAACUUGUGGGCCAGCAAUAUUCGCGUCGUAAACUUGGCACAGGGCGAGACGACCUGCCUCGUUCCCUUGGCUCAAGAUGAGAUGGUUAUGAGCCUCGCGCGGGUUCGUUUCGCUUCAUCGCCUAACGACAAGCACAUUGUCGCUGGCGUGGUCAAGGGCUGGAAGCCCAAGCAACAGAGUAUGGACGGCGCAUUCCUCUUGACGUUCCAGGUCCAAGGCGAUCAAGUCGUGCUGUUGCACCGCACUGCCGUGGAUGGUGGCCUUCCCUGUGCUCUUGCUGAGUUUGCUGGUAAAGUCUUGGCUGGUGUUGGCAAUACACUCCGCAUCUUUGAUCUUGGCAAGAAAAAGCUUCUGCUCAAGACCGAAAAUAGGCAACUCCCCAGCCAAGUCGUUCACAUCACAACGAUGGGCACGCGCAUUUGUGCGGCUGAUCAAAAACACUCCUUCGUCUGGCUCAAGUACAAGCCAGCUGAGAACGCCUUGACCAUCUUUGCAGAUGAUACCAAUCCACGAUGGUGCACGCGUGGCGUGUUGCUUGACUACCAGACCGUGGCAGGAGCAGACAAGUUCGGCAAUUUUGUCGUGGCACGAUUGGGCACAGACCUUACGGAUCAGAUUGACGAUGAUCCAACGGGCUCAAAGGCAUUUUGGAGUCGCGGUAUCUUGAAUGGUGCCUCUCAAAAGAUGGACAUUCUGUGUAACUAUCACGUGGGAGAGACAAUUCUGUCGCUGCAAAAAGUAACGCUGGUUCCUGGCGGUGCUGAGUGCAUACUCUACACGACCAUGUCGGGCGGGAUUGGCUUGUUUCUUCCCUUUUCGAACCGAGAUGACUUUGAGUUUUUCACAAGUUUGGAGCUCCAUCUGCGCCAGGAGCAUGCGCCCUUGUGUGGCCGUGACCAUCUGCACUAUCGUUCGGCGUACUUCCCAGUCAAAUCGGUGAUUGACGGAGACUUGUGCGAGCAGUAUCCCCUCCUGUCUGCAUCCGUCAAAAAUGAGGUUGCAGAAGGGCUUGAGCGACCGACCACUGACGUUAUCAAGAAGAUCGAGGAUAUUCGCAAUCGCUUUGCAUUCUAAGCAUGGAAUUGUUCCACUGAUUGUUUGCUUUCUUUGCAUCACAUGGAGUCCUGUCAAAAAAUCAAAACUUCUCG